UAAAUCCUUCACAAGUUCAGGACAGUGUUGCUUGUACUGCAGCAGGUGAAGUUUGCCUAAAGCAAAGAUGAGGUCCUUCUUUUUUCUUGGGGCAUUGUUGGUUUGCGGUCUGGUUGGAUCCCAGGAUACCAUACAAAACCAAAUCCAGCAGGUCAUGGCCAGACUGGAGAAAAUUGAGAGGGAGAACGAAGAGAGAGCUAACAGGGCUCAAGUGGCAUUCUCUGCUGCACUCGUCGAAUCGAAGAAUUGGACCUCCAUAGGGCCUUUUGAUCGUUGUCACACACUGGAGUUCAAGAAAGUGAUAACGAACAUUGGCAAUGCGUAUAAUCCAGAGACAGGAAUUUUCACAGCCCCAGUGAAAGGACUCUACUACUUCCGGUUCACCGGAAUAGUUGGAGAGACAGGGAAACUGAACGCAGGACUGAAGAAAAACGGUGAGAACAUUGUCGCAAUCUACCACAAAGCAGGGAGACAAGCCAGCGCUUCCAACGGAGUGGCGCUGGAGCUGGAGGAGGGGAACCAGGUCUACGUCCAGCUCUUCGAGAACGAACUGACCAUUGCAGAUCAAAACCGGCUCAGCACCUUCAGCGGGUUCCUUGUCUUCCCUCUUUGAGGGAAACCUCUGACCACCAAAACGCAAAAUGCAUGAUGUCAUUUCUUGAAUGUUUUGUGUAACUGAGCUGAAAACUACAAACAUAACUAAAUAAAAACAUAACACUCUAA